AUGGUGAUUAUGGAGGGCAUGCAAAACAGAGUAGCCAUCUACUAUAUCCUGGAGGAGGUAUUACAGCAGGACACCGGGGGCCUAGAGAUAAGGCUAGUGAAAAACAUUGUAAGCCUAGCCUCAGACCAGAUGAGAGAGACUCAGGAAGCAACAACUGAAGUAAAAGUGGCAGCUAGCAACACGUUAGUGACUCUGGCAAGCUGCUAUUUUGAUCAUGUCAUGUAUGAGCUACACUGUCAUCUGAAACCACCGAAGCUGCCUGAAGAGUUUAUUUUAGUUACGCUGGCCAACCUGUCAUCAGCCUAUGCACGUAAGUGUAUCCCUUUUGUGAGAGUGACCCUGAACACCAUGUUCUCCAUGCUGGAGUUCGUCAAGGACGGCAGGCUGAGACAAGCAUUUUGCGGUGUGCUCAUUCCCAAAGUGGGCCAAUUGCGACUCUGCAAUCAUUUUCUUCCCGUCUACACUCAUGUGACCAGCAACUGGCUGACCUGUGAGGAGCCGGAGCUCAAGCAGGCUAUCAUCAAAGCCCUUGGUCCCAUGAUGAGCCUCCUGCUACACAAAGAGGAGUAUCAAGAUCAGAUAUUUGAACACCUCUCAUGGCUCCUUGAGCAAUAUAAUGAAAACACUGAUGUUUUUCACGUCACCAAGAGUCUGAGCCAGCUCUUGGAGGUCUCUGGUGAAUAUAAGAUCCCUCUCCCUGACGGGAAGUUUCAAGCCAUCUGCAGUGCUCUGCAUAACCAGAUCUGUUCUCAAGCUAAGCCGCUCAGCAUGGAAAAUCACACAGAGCUGGUCCAUUGUGUAGUUCAGCUAGCCCGUUCUUCUCCUGAUGAUCUGAUAGCCUUUCUGCACUCGCAGCUGGAGAUUGAGAAUGAGGCUGUUCGUGUGGCAUCUCUGAAUCUGCUCAGAGCUAUUGUUGGUGCUGACUUGCCCGAGACAAGACCGAAAAAGUGUCUGAUUGUGAAGGCAGUGAAAUCCACUUUCAGUGAUCAGAAUGCUACGGUGAGGAAGGCAGUUCUUCAUUUCAUCCAGAGGCUGCUCAGCUUACAAAGUGUGGAGAACUGUGCAGCUUGGGAUAUGGUAGCACAUGUUUUCACGGAGUUCAGCGUGUCCACCAGCAAACUAACUCUCCAGAGAACAUAAUGGUGCCCAAUUCGGUGGCUGUUGAAGCAAACAUAAACUAUCAGCAAAAUACCGAGGUUAUGCAGGUUGCAUCCCAGACUGUCAAGAGCCUGGAACAGCUUGCUGCAUAUUUCCCUCACUACAUGCUCUAAUCUACAUGUACUAGUUUAAAAAUGUCUUCAAUCCGUAU